UUGGACGCAGGGGGCGGUGCCGAGCGCUGAUUGGCUGAGGCCGAGGUUUGAACAGGCGCGCGGCGGGCCCCGCCCUCUGGCGGAAGGCGGCGGAGCAGCAGCGCAGCCCCCGCAUCACACAGAAACCCCCCAGGAGAAGCCCCCGGGAUGGCCGGGAAGGACGAAAAAGAUGGGAAAGAUGGAAAGGAUGGAAGCACGGACGGCUGGGCCGGCAUCGAGGAGCGCCUGGAAAAGAUCAGGGAAAGCCUCCGCACCCCCUCAGCCCCUCGCUCCCGCCGUGUCCGCGCCUGCGACCACGCCCUGCGCUCCUGCGCGGCCGAGCUGGCCCGGCCCGGCGGGCUGCUAGCCCACGGCACCCAGCUGCUAGCCCUGGCCCAGGAGGCCACGCAGCUCUACCUGAGCCUGGAGCCCGAGCCCCCGGAGCUGUACCUGGAGAAGAUCCUGUUCCACGUGCUCCGCAACGCCGCGGCCUGGGCGGGACCUCACACCUGGAGCGUGGCCGAGCUGCUGCGGGCGCGGCUGCGGCGCUGCCACCGCGGCGACGACUGGGCCACCGUCACCUCCAGCGCUUUCGGGGUCCUCUGGAAAGCUGCAGCCGCUCUGGCCGGGCCGGAGAGGCCACGGGAGGAGGGCAGGGCUGUGCUGACCGCCAGGAUCCGCGCCCUGCGCUUCCUGCUGCUGCUGGAAUGCCGGGAUGGGGAAUUCCCAGCUCGGGAAUCCUUCCAGCCGCCGUUCUUCACCUCGCAGACCGCCCAGCACGCCGCGGCCGCCGCCGCUCUCUACGAGGCUCAGAGGGCUCCGUGCCCGCUCUUCCUGGCCAGGCAGCUCCGGGAAUUCCUGCUGGACGCUCUCAGGGAUGAGGCCCCGCAGCCUCCGGGCCUCCAGGAUUCCCUGUGCUUCCUGGAGCUCACCCUGGAGCGCUGCCGCCACCUCUGCAAAGCCCGGCGGCCCCGCGACGCUCUGGACGCCCUGGAAGAUUCCAGAACGUUCCUGGGAGCUGGGAAUUCUUUGGGAGCCCCUCUGGAGCUGCUGGAAGCCGGGAUCCAGCUCAGCCGGGCUCUGCUGGCCAAAGGCGUGGGUGCCGUGGGGCCGGCCUUGAGGCGGGCGGGAGCGGCGCUGGCGGCGGAAUGUUCCGGAAGGCUCCUGCGGGUGCUGCUGGAGAGCUCCCAGUUCGUGCUGGCGCAGCUCGGCGAGGUGCUCAGGAGGAGCCGGGAGCUGCCCCUCGGCCUCCGGGACCUUCCUGGGCUUUGUGGCUUCUGCCAGGGCCACGGGCGGGCGCUGCGGCGGCUGCUGGCCCAGGUCCCUCCUGACUCCACCAGGGAGCAGGUGAUGGUGAAGCAGCUGCUCUUCCAAGGCCUCCAGCUCUUCUCCAACGCCAUCCACGAAAUAUUCCAGCGCUCCCAGCCCUCGGAGGGCCCGGAGCUGUCACAGGUGACCACCAGCUGUGUCCAGAGUGUCACCUGGAUGCUGGAGGGGCUGCAGGGGCUGCCCGAGGCCGAGAGGGGCAAGUUCCUGGAUGUCACUGCUGUGGUCACCUUCCGCCUGGGCCAGGCCCUGCAGAGCCGGAACGUUCCGGAAGCGGCCGGAGCCGUCUGCGAGCCCCUGUGCCAGGCAGUGCUGGCCGGCCACGGCUACGGCUGGCCCGGGGUCACCCCGGACAGGCUCCACAGGUGCUUCCGGCUGCAGGUGGAGAGCUGGCGCUGCCGGGCCCGGCCAGAGCGGGCCCUGGACGCCGUGGCCCAGUGGCUGCUGGCCCUGGGGACACCUUCCCAGGGGCUGGGGACACCUGGCCAGCCCAUCCCGGGCCAGCCCAGCUCCCUGGUGGCCGAGCUGGUGGCGCUCUGGGCCAGGAUCAAGACGGAGGCGGCCAAACAGGGAGCGGAGGAGCUGCGGCUGCGGACCCUGCGGGACGCCCUGGAGUGCCAGUCCCGGUGCCACUGCCUGUCCCUGCCCGGGGACACCCUGCUGCUCCUGCUGCUGGCCGAGCUCCAGGCCUACAAAUCCCUGCGGGCCCCCACGGGCCCCGAGCGCUACAACGUCCUGUGCGACCUGCUGGGCCUGUGGGACCCCGAGGGAGCCUGGGACCCCCCAGGACCGCGGGACCCCCCGGGAAUGCCGGACCCCCCGGGAAUGCCGGACCCCGGCCGGAGCCUGCCCAGGGCGGCGGCGCUGCAGGAGCUGGGACAGCUGCUGUGCAGCCACAGCUUCAGCGCCCACACCGACUGCUCCGCCCUGGAUGCCAUCCAGGAGUCCCUGAGGCUGCUGGAGUCGUUAUCCCGGCAUUCCCAAAGCUGCAAUUCCCAAAUCCGGGAUCAGCUCCUGGAUGAGCGCGCCCAGGCCCUGCUCUGGCUCCACAUCUGCACCCUCGAGGCCCUCCUGGAAAAGAGCGUGGCUCGGGCGCGGCGGGGCCGGGCUCGGGGGCCGGGCUGGGAUCAGGAGCCCGAGGGGGAGCGGCCGCAGGACGGGAUCCGCUGCAGCCUCAGCUCCGAGAGAGCUCUGUCCAAACCCUUGGACGAAGCCCUGUCCCUGUGGAAGAAGCUUCUGGAACAUCCCGGGGUGCCGGCGGUGCGCAGCCCCCAGCAGACCCUGAGCUCCCUGCAGCUCCUGGCCGCGCUCUACCGGCUCCAGGACAAGCCCCUGCAGGCCCUGCAGAGCUCCCUGCUGCUGCUCUCGCUGUGCCGCCGGCUCGGGGCCGGGCCGGGCGCGGCCGAGGCGCUGGCGCAGCUGAGCGGGAUCCUGCUGCAGCUGCACUGCCCCGCCCGGGCACAGGUUUUCCUGGAGGAGCUGGAAUCCUGCCUGGAGGAGGAGGGGGGCAGCGAGGAUUCCCGGCGGCUCCUGCGCCACUCCCGGCUCCUGCUGCGCAGCCACCUCUGCUGCCUCCAGAGAAAGGUGGAUCAGGGCGUGGCCCUGCUGCUGGAGGCCCUGAAGGAGCCCCAGGCCCAGAGGGCCACCAGGGGCUGGUACCUGGCCCAGGCCCAGGGGCUGCAGCUGCUGGCCACCUACCUGGAGCUGCCCCCAGCCCACCUGGAGGCGCCGCUCCGGGAGCGGAUCCGGCAGCAGGGCUGGAGCAGCCCCAAGGUGGCCCUGCUGGAGGCGCAGAAGCUGCUCAGGAGCGUCCUGGUGUCCCUGAUGGGCAGCGAGGUGCUGGGCAGCGCCUGCGGCCGCCCGCCCGAGGAGCCCGGCCCCGACUGCGGCGCGGCGCUGGUGCAGAAGUGGACGGUGCUGGGGGACGCCCUGGGCUGCUGCCGGCGCCUGGUGACGCUGCUGGGCCGCUGCGAGGUGCUGUGCAGGGCCAGGGCCUUCUGCAGCGAGGGGCUGAGCCUGGCCGGGCACCUGCAGGCCGCCCGCUGGUGCUCGUGGUUCCUGGUGCUGCAGUCUCAGUUGGAGCUGCAGCAGGGGGAGCUGGAGCUGAGCCAGUCCCACCUCCAGCACGCCCAGUUCCUGCUGCAGCCCCAAACUGACCCCAAACCCCACCGGGAUCCUCGGCAGCGCCGGGCCGUGUUCCAGCUCCGGAAGGGCCUCCUGGCCAGGAGGAACCCCCCGGCUGCCGUUCCUGACCCCGUUCCUGACCCCGUUCCUGGCGGGGAGGAGGACGAGGAAUUCCUGCAGGGUCCCUCCCUGCCCCUCCUGGCUCCGGCCGCCCUCCCCGAGCAGCCGGACGCUCUCACGGCCUCGCCGGAGCUGAAGGGAAGAAAAGUCUGGAAAAGUCUGGAGUUCCUGUCCCACCCCUCGGCAUGUCCCUGCUCCUUCUGCUGUGACCCCGCCCUGGUGGCCCUGGGGCUGCGCUGGCUGCUGGCACAGGCCAGGACGUGGCUGCUGGCCGGGGAGGUGGCCCCAGGGCUGGCCCUGGUGCGCAGGGUGCUGCCCCGCUGUGCCAGCGCUGGCACCCGCCUGGCACGGCAGCUGGGGGACAGGCUGCAGGGCUUUGGGGACAUCAGCAGGGACAGGGGCGCUUCUGGGGAUGGGGACAGGGGGCUGCGGGGCCCCUCUGAGGGUGGGGACAUCGGCAGGGACAGGGGAGUUCCUGGGAGUGGGGACAUCAGCAGGGAUGGGGACAGGAGUCAGUCAGACCCCUCUGGGAAUGGGGACAGGGACAGGGACAGGAGUCAGUCAGAUCCCUCUGGGAAUGGGGACAGGGACAGGGACAGGAGUCAGUCAGACCCCUCUGGGAAUGGGGACAGGGACAGGAGUCAGUCAGACCCCUUUGGGAAUGGGGACAGGGACAGGAGUCUGUCAGACCCCUCUGGGAAUGGGGACAGGGACAGGAGUCAGUCAGACCCCUCUGGGAAUGGGGACAGGGACAGGAGUCUGUCAGACUCCUCUGGGAAUGGGGACAGGGACAGGGACAGGAGUCUGUCAGACCCCUCUGGGAAUGGGGACACCUUCAGGGAUGGGGGAACUCCUGGGAAUGGGGACAGAAAUCAGCAGGACCCCUCUGGGAAUGGGGACAUCAGCAGGGAUGGGGACAAUCCUGGGAACAGGGACAUCCUUGGGGACAGGAGUCUGCAGGACCUCUCCAGGAAUGGGGACACAAUCAGGGCUGGGGACACCUUUGGGGACAAGGACCCCCCUGGGGAUGGGGACACCAUCAGGGAUGGGGACACCUUUGGGGACAAGGACCCCCCUGGGGACAGCACCUUGGGCCCACUGGCUGAGUUGGUGGCCGCUGGCUACUCCACGCUGGCCCUGCAGAGCCUGGCCAGCCCAUCCCAGUGCCACCCAGUUUGGGACGAGGAGCUGGAGCGGGGACUGUCCCUUUUGGGGUCCCAAGGUCCCCCCGUGGCCGGCCUGGGGGUGGCCGUGGCCACUCUGCUGCUGGCCAAAGCCGUGGCCACCCUGGGCCAAGUGGCCGCCGCCCUCGGCCGCUCCAUGGACGACGUCCUGGCCCAGGCCUGGACCCCCCGUCCCCCACCCACCCCAAACCCCUCAAAACCCCAAAAAACCCCCAAAGCUCCCCCCAAAACCGCAGCCCAAAAACCCAAAGCCCCCAAAGCCAAGGCGGGGAAGACCCCGAAAGCCAAGCCCCCCAAAUUUGGGGACGUUUUCACCCUCGGGGACUCGGAGCCCGAGGUCCCCCCCAUUGUCCUGCGGGCGGGGGGGCCCUGCACCCCCCACCCCAAAUCGGGGGUGCCCCCAAAAGCGCUGCUGGGGGGGCCCAGGACCCCCUUCACCAUCUUCAGCGAGGAGCCCUCCCCCCCCGGGGGCAGCUCCCGGCUCCGCAGGGCCCCCAAAAUCCCAGGAAGGGUCAAGUCCCGGAUCAGGGUGACAUUCAGUGACAGCGACUCUGAGGAACCCCAAAAUCCCCCAGAUCCCCCCAAAAGCACCCAGAAAAGUUCCUGUGCCAAGAGGAGGGGUCAGCCCCAAAAAUCCCCUGGGAAUUCUCCAGGAAUUGGGGCUCGGCCCCGGCGGGGACGGCCCCGGAAGGAGCUGGGGACCCCCAAAAAGAGGGAAAAAAGGGGGAUCAACCACGUGGAAAAUGUGGAGAAGAAGGAAAAUGACAUCCCCAAAAGAGCUCUGGAAAAGAGGGAAAGAAGGGGAAACCCCAAAGUGGAAAACGUGGAAAAAAUGGGAAAUCCCAAAGUGGAAAACGUGGAAAAAAUGGGAAAUCACAAAGUGGAAAAAAUGGGAAAUCCCAAAAUGGAAAACGUGGAAAAAAUGGGAAAUCACAAAGUGGAAAAAAUGGGAAAUCCCAAAAUGGAAAACGUGGAAAAAAUGGGAAAUCACAAAGUGGAAAAAAUGGGAAAUCCCAAAGUGGAAAACGUGGAAAAAAUGGGAAAUCACAAAGUGGAAAAUGUGGAAAAAAUGGGAAAUCCCAAAAUGGAAAAAACGGGAAAUCCCAAAACGGCAAAUGUGGAAAAAAUGGGAAAUCCCAAAGUGGAAAAUGUGGAAAAAACGGGAAAUCCCAAGAUGGCAAAUGUGGAAAAGAAGGAAAAGGAAAAACCCCCAAAAACUCUGGAAAAGAAGGAGAACAGGGGUCCCCGCCGGGCUGGGGGUCCCCGGGAGAAGAAGGAGAGGGGAACCCCCCAAAGUGGAAUUUUGGAGGAAAAGAGGAAUUGGGAAUUUUCUGGGAUUGAGGAGCGGGACCCCCUGAGGGCCGUGGAGGAGGAAGAGGAGGAGAAGGAGGAAGAGGAGGAGAUGAGCUUCGAGCUGCCCCCGCUGCCCCCAGGUGGGGCCAGCAAGGAAAUCCCAGGAACUGGGGACAAGGGGGAUCCCCCAAAUCCAGAGGGACCCCUCCCCUCUGGCCAGCCUGGUGUCCCCUCCCUGGCCGCUGUCCGGUCCCUGCUGGCCGAGGCGCUGGCCUGGCUCGGUCACUUCCCGCCGGGCUCUCUCUAUGGCCAGCUGUGCCAGCUGCUGGCCAUGGCCCUUGGGGACAGGGACCCGCUGGCCACCGCGGGGCUGCUGGCCGAGUCCCUGGGUGUCACCAUGCGCCACCAGCUGCUGGCCAUCGUCCACGCCCGGGCACGGAAGAAGAGGAAAGCAGCAGCAGCCGGAGGGGACAUCUUGGAUCAGCUCCGGGGCCUCUCCCUGGAUUCCCGGGAUUCCCAGGAUUCCCGGGAUUCCCAGGAUUCCCAGUCCCACCUGGCCGAGCUCGAGGAGCUUUUCCAGUUCAGCUCGGCGGGUUUGGGGCCGGCGGAGCGGGAGCGGUUCCGGGAGCAGCUCCAGAAGAUUCCCAGCGGUGUCACCGUGUGCCAGCUGUCCCUGGUCAGUGCCACCCCCGGGGCCCUCGGGGACACGCUGCUGCUGACCCGGCUGGAGCGCGGCCAGGAGCCCGUCAGCGUCCGCAUCGCCACCGAGCGCUGCCAGGCCCCCCUGAGCGGGAUCCUGCAGGAAUUCCAGCGGAUCCAGCAGGAGCAGCGCGAGGCCAACGCCUGCACCGAGCGCCGGGAGUGGUGGGAGCGGCGAUCCCGCCUGGACCUGCGCAUGCAGAGCCUGAUCCAGAGCCUGGACUCGGAGGUUUUGGGGUGCUGGCGGGGGCUGCUGCUGCCCCGGGACCCCGAGAAUUCCCCCCUGGAUGAGCAGGAAUUGUCCCAGCUGCUCCAGGAGCUCCGGGAAUGCGGCUGGGAGCGCCCCGAGCCCGCCCUGCUCCGGGCGCUGCUGGCCGUGCUGUCCCCGGCCGAUGUCCGGCCGCUGGCCGCAGCGCUGCCCUGCUGGCCGUGCUGUCCCCGGCUGAUGUCCGGCCGCUGGCCGCGGCGCUGUGUCCGGGGGGUUCUGAUCCCAGAUUUCGGGGUGCUGAUCCCAGAUUUCGGGGUGCUGAUCCCGGAUUUCGGGGCGCUGCUGGCCGUGCUGUCCCCGGGCGAUGUCCGGCCGCUGGCCGCGGCGCUGUGUCCGGGGGGGCGCUGCUGGCCGUGCUGUCCCCGGGCGAUGUCCGGCCGCUGGCCGCGGCGCUGUGUCCGGGGGGUUCUGAUCCCAGAUUUCGGGGUGCUGAUCCCGGAUUUCGGGGUGCUGAUCCCAGAUUUUCGGGGUGCUGAUCCCAGAUCUGUCCCUGUGUGUCCCCAGGCGCUGCUGGCCGUGCUGUCCCCGGGCGAUGCGCUGCUGGCCGUGCUGUCCCCGGGCGAUGUCGGCCGCUGGCCGGCGGCGCUGUGUCCGGCCCGGCCGCUGCGGGCGCGGCUGCUGCUGGACGAGGCCCUGGAGCGGCGCCGGGAGCGCCCCGGGGGCAGCGCCGGCUCCCUGGUGCUGCUGCUGGACAGGCACCUGCAGCGCCUGCCCUAGAGCUCCGCCACGCUCCGGAACCUUCCGGUGACGCGGCUUGCCGGGCUGCGCUUCCUGCUGCGCUACGGCCUGGCACGGCAGCGCCCGGGCUCGGUGCUGAGCCGCGGCGUGGACCCCAGCAAGGCCUUCUACGUGCUGAACCCCCAGCGGGACCUGGGCGGCACCGAGGAGAGGUUCCGGGCCUGGUUCCAGAGGUGA